AAUUUGUUUCAACCACCGUUUUAUUUGGUGAACGACUUUAUUACAAUGACACAGUUCAUACGAUAAAAAAUUCGGAAAACAACAAAAAGACUUUUUCAGCAACCAUCAAUGUUCAUGAUCAGGAAGUUGAAUGGAUAUCUUCAUUACAAGACUUUAUGCUUUGGGAACCAAUUGAAUUUCGUAAACCUUUGGCCAAAUUUAUUCCUCCCGGCCAAAUUACACUCUUAGCUUUGCCCGCAAAAUUAUCGAUUUCACUAUGA